AGCAGGAGGAUAUCGGAGCAGCAGCCACGCACGGGAAGGAGACGAGGCGAAAGCAGGAGAGAGAGAGAGAGAGAGAGAGAGAGAGAGAGAGACGUAAAGCCGCCGCUUCGUGCUCGUCGACGUCACCUCGUCGCGGGGAGCGCGCGUCUCGCUGUUGACGUUGCCUAGGGUUCGGGCAGAUUGGUCGGCGGCGCGCGCCGGAUCGGGAGGGAGGGGAGGGGAGAUGGCGGGGAAGAAGCGGAAGGCGGAGGCGGCGCGGCUGGAGGAGACCGAUCGGGCGCUGUACGGCGCGUUCCGGGGCGCCGCCAACUCGCUCUCGCAGCUCUACACGCUCGCCAUGGGCGCGCAGAAGGUCUCCUUCAGCGCCGGCGAGCGCCACGCCAUGGAAAAGCUCUAUGAAUGGAUCUUGAGGCAGCAUGAAAACGGUUUGAGGCUGACAGUUGCUGACAUAGCCUCCCACAUCCAGCAUGAGAUUCAGUAUGGAGGUGAUAAUGCAUCAGCCUCUCCAAGAUCACAAUAUUCUAGCCAAUGCACUCCAGCUACGGUGCAUAUCCCCAACACAAGCAACCAGCAACCAUCACCAAGCUUAUUUGCGCCAGGAAACCCCGGACUGACACAGUCCAAGAACUCAAUGGUCUUUUCAAACGCAUUAUCCAGCCCCAUCCGCCGGAGCCUGCAACCAUUCCAUCUAGAACAGGGUGGGGAUGCGGGGUACUUCACAAACGGUGCAACCCGUGAUGCAAACCCCACAGCUUCAAACGAAUCAUCCAUGGACAUGCAUUCAGACAGCCCAGCUCAUGACUCCUACUGAGCAGCUUGCUCCAUGGAGCUGCCGGAAGAACAACACUUCCAGUGAAAGAAGUUGUCUGCAGCCUGCCUGUCGUCACGGCUCAAAUAGGAUUAUUCAAUUUAACACCUUCCCUAGCCUUUUACGCUAAGCCUGUCUUGUGUUGUUACUACUACUACUACUUACCACCUCUUACUUUGCCAAAAUACUGUAAUUUGCAUGUAUUCAUCUCCAGUGUAACACUGUACUAUUUGAUUUAUCUGUGCAUAUUACUGUUGGUAUGUGGUGAAGUGCAGGGAUCAGACAAUCGGAAAGAAGUAACAUAUUCUUGUGCCAUCUCUCAA